GUAUAUAAUUAUAUUUCAUUUGUUAAUUAGAAUAAUGAUGAAAACGUCAAAUAAUGAUCAACAAUAAAUUGAUUCAAAUGAUAUCCAGCGUUUAUUUUUAUUUAAUAAGACUUUCAGAAAGAUUUCAUUCGAAUUUGCAGUUUUAUUAUACAUUUUAUGGUCCUUCGAGCCGGAUCAGUUGUUGUUGUCAUUGUUGAUGGUUUUAUCAUGUCACAAGAUCAUUACUCAUACAUUCACAUAUCAAUUUAAGUCAUUUUCAACUUCAAUAUCACAGUUAGAUUUGAUAAUUAAAAUUACAAAUUAUUUAAAUACAGUAAAAUUCAUAGCAAAUAAUUAUACAAUUGUAAAGGGGAAGCACAUUGAACAAUAGUAAAUUAGCAAAUUCACGUCAAUUUAACGAUAAUUCUAUCAAAAUGGGACCAAAAAAGGAUGCUGAAGACAUAAAAAUGCAGCUAUUUCAAAAUUCCAUAUUAAUUUCAGAACAUGAGGGCCUCAUCAGCAAAGCUCUCGAAAUAGGCAAACAGGCCAUAGUUAAUUCAAGUUUUAUACCUAAUUUGGAAGCACGUUUUUCUAAAUUGGAAAAGCUAUUCGAUACAUUCAAAUCUCUGAUUUCCAAUUCUAAUAAACUCGCUAAUUUAGGGGAAAAUAAAGAGGAAAUCGAAAAUUUAUGCAAGCGUUCUGAAGUUGUUCAUGAUAAAUAUUAUGAAAUUCUAGCUAUAGAAAUUCAAAUUCGUAAAAGCACCAAAACUAUCCAAUCAACGACUCAAGACGAUGUUUUAGCCAGUCAAAUCUCACAUAGCGCGGCAUCCAAAUUACCAAAUAUUAACAUACCCACAUUCGACGGGGAUAUAUCUAAAUGGGUUUCCUUCAGGGACACCUUUGUUUCUUUAAUCCACGAUGCUCCAGGUAUCAAUCAUGUUGCUAAAUUUCAUUACUUAAGAUCAGCCCUAAAGGGAAAUGCUUUACAAACCAUUGCGGGAAUUCAAGUAAACAUGGACAAUUACACACAAGCAUGGGAAGCUAUGCUAAAGAAAUAUGAUAAUAAACGUUUACAAGCAUCAUAUUAUCUAUCCAAAAUUUUUAAUUUCAAACCGGUUAUCAAAGCGUCACUAUCUCAACUAGAAUUGCUUUCUAGUAUUGUCAUCGAAAAUGCUAUUGCCUUCAAAAAUUUAAAAUUAAAAAAUGAAAGUGGCUUCAUCUUAGUCUAUUUCAUCAUACGAUUACUAGAUCACAAAACCAAAGAAAAAUUUGAGGACGAAUACGGAAAGAAUUCAACUAUUCCGAAAUUCGAGGAUCUAAUAAAAUUCAUUGAAACCGAGUGUUUAAAAUUUCAAACGGAAAAUUUAACAAGCGACAAAAGCGUUAAUAAUUAUCCAGCUAAACCCACGUAUAGCAACAAACAAGUUGUCAUGACUCAAACUCAGUACAAUCCAGACACAUGCGCAGUCUGUAAAGGGAAUCAUCCCAUUUUCAAGUGUAGCAAUUUUUUGGCACUACAACCUUCACAAAGGCUUAACAAAAUAAAACAAUUAAAUGGCUGUCAUAAUUGUCUCAAAACAAAUCAUGAAGUCACAAAAUGCCCGUCACAAUCCAUAUGUAAAGAAUGCAAACGAAAACAUAAUACAUUAUUACAUAUAGUAAGUGGUAGUCAAACGUUCUCAACCAAAACGAAAGGUCACAGCUUACAAAACAUUCCAUUACAAACAAAUAACAUUGAUCCAAACAGGAAUCAAACUGAAAAUUCAAAUACAAUUAAUACGGUUUUAUCCGCGACAGUAUCAGGUGCGCCUACAGUUCUAUUAGGUACUGCACUAGCAAGAAUUAAAGAUCAUUUAGGCAGAGAUCACAAUAUUAGAAUCCUCGUAGACAGCGGGGCCCAAAGAUCAUUUAUCACAACCUCAUUCAUAGACAAACUGCGUCUGGCCAAGCAGCCAAAUUUGCAACCCCUCAGUGGGUUAUCUAAUAUGCCAAUUCGCGGUGGGCGAAUGCAAGUAGAAUGCGUCAUACACCCCUUAAAUUCAAGCACUCCGGAAUUACAAACAACAGCAAUUGUAGUACCAUCAAUUAUAACUCAAAGCCCCACACAUGCUAUAUCCAAUGACAUUCGCAAAAUCUUCAAAAAUUUGAAUCUAGCGGACGCGACAUUUGAUAAACCAGGUCCAAUAGACUUUCUUCUCGGUGCUGACUUGUUUGGACAAAUUUUAUUAGGAGAAAGUAAGACACCGUCAAAGUAUCAUCCAGCUGCUAUUAAAAGUGUGUUUGGUUGGAUUUUAAUAGGUUCAAUUAGUCAUAAAAAUAGUAAAGUUUCGCCCAUUCAUAACUUAUUAGUAUCCGAAUCCUCAAUUCACAAUCUAAUAGAAAGGUUUUGGAAAAUUGAGGACACACCUCAUUCUAUACCCAUGAGUUUAGAAGAAAAACAAUGUGAAGAACACUUUAAAACUACACAUUCACGAAAUGAUUCAGGACGAUAUAUAGUCCGAUUGCCCUUCAAACAAUUUCCUCCAAAAUUGGGAAAUUCUAAAUCACAAGCAUAUCUACGUUAUAUGAGACUUGAACAAAAAUUCAUUCGAAAUCCUAAAUUAAAAACGACAUAUGAUUCGGUAAUCAAUGAAUAUAUGGAUUUAGGAUAUUUAUCAGUAGCCAAAGAUCCUGGUGCAUACAUUUUACCUCACCAUGGAGUCGAAAAACCCAGUUCUUCUACCUCACUCAGAGUAGUAUUUGAUGCUUCAUGUUCUACUGAAUCUGGAUCAUUAAAUGACAAAUUAUUAACAGGACCAACAUUGCAAUCCAAUAUAACUGAAGUGAUUCUUCAUUUUAGAACGUAUGCAGUCGCCAUGUCGACCGACAUUUGUAAAAUGUAUCUACAAAUCAUUUUACAUGAAAAUGAUCGUAAAUAUCAACAUAUGUUUUAUAGAUUCAAUCCAUCCGAUUCAAUAACGGAGUAUGAAUUAAAUCGUGUUACUUUUGGGAUGCCUGCCUCUCCGUAUCUAGCGAUUAGAGUCAUACUUCAAUUAAUACAAGACGAGGGAGCAGCCUAUCCACUAGCAUCCAAUGCAUUGGCCAAUCAUACGUACGUAGACAAUAUACUAACCGGAGCACACAAUUUAAAUGACGCUUUAGCCUUACAAAAAGAACUUAUUCAUUUAUUACAAAAGGGCGGUUUUACACUAAAGAAGUGGGCUAGUUCAAGCAAAGAAUUACUUAAAACCGUACCUAUCGAGUGUCAUGAAACUCCUAUUGCAUUUUCUACCUUAGAAAAUUCUACUAUAAAAGUUUUAGGAAUGCAAUGGGACCCAGUAAGCGACUGUCUUAGCUAUGCCGUUCAAGCUCCACAGAUAAUAUUGACAAAGCGAGCAGUAUUAUCCAACAUAGCAAAAUUAUAUGAUCCAUUAGGAUAUCUAUCGCCAAUAAUUUUCAAAGCAAAAUGUAUCAUGAAACAAACAUGGAAAAUAAAUAAUUUAAAAUGGGACGACCCCCUACCAGAUGAAAUAGCAUCCCAAUGGUGUAAUUUUCUGAAUCAACUGCAAACAUUAUCUCACAUAAAGAUACCACGGUGUAUAAUAAACAAGCCCUAUAAAAAUAUAACAAUAUUAGGAUUCGCAGACGCAUCCAAAUUGGGUUAUGCAUCCACAAUUUAUUUACGUUUAACAAAAUCAGAUAACUCUGUUUCAAUUAACUUGCUCAUGUCAAAAACUCGUUUAGCUCCUAUUUCAACCAUCAGUAUUCCACGUUUGGAAUUAUGCGCAGCUUUAUUAUUAGUAAAAACAUUUCAAAGCAUCAAACCAUUUAUAUCUUCGCUUGAAGUAGACAAAACAUAUUUGUUUUCGGAUUCAACAGUUGUCUUGGAUUGGCUAAAGCAUUCACCUCGUAUAAACAAAGUAUUCGAAGCCAAUCGAGUGGCCGAAAUUUUGAGAAAUACUGUAGUCACAGACUGGUAUCAUGUUGAAUCGGAACAUAAUCCAGCGGACAUUGCCAGCCGCGGCAUUGAUCCCUGUCAAUUAAAAUCAAAACCAUUAUGGUGGUUCGGCCCUCAAUGGCUUCAAAACGAACCAUCUAGUUGGCCGAUAACCCAACAAAAGCAUCCCCAGCAACAAGAAAUUUUGAUAUUAAACACCAAACAACAUUCGUUAUUCAAUGAUGACUGGAUGAAACGUUUUUCAUCUUAUAGCAAAUUGGUCCGAACCAUGGCAUACAUAUUAAGGUUUAUAGACAGGCUAAAGAAAAAACAAAAUGUCCCUUCGGGUCUCAUUCAAUGUCAGGAAUUCAACAAAUCCACUUUGAAUUGCAUUAAAUUAAUACAAAAGGAAUAUUUCUCGGAUGAAAUAAAGGCUAUUAAAUCAAAUGAAAAAUCCAAGCUAAGUGCAUUAGCGCCCUUUAUAGACCCCUCGGGAAUUAUCAGGGUGGGAGGAAGACUCACCAACAGUCCUUUACAAUAUUCACACAAACAUCCAAUUAUUUUACCAAAAAGGGCUCACUUUACACAUUUAUUAAUCGAUUAUUUACAUCAUUCAUACUUGCAUGCAGGACCGCAAUUAUUACAAGCAUUAAUUCAAAGAAAAUAUUGGAUUGUUGCAGCUCGAAGCGCAAUCAAAUCGCGCAUAUUUCAGUGCAUAAAAUGUUACAAAUUAAAACCAAAAAAUUAUAUACCAUAUAUGAGUGCUUUACCAUCGUCACGAUUUGAACAGGGUAGGGCCUUUUUAAACGUAGGUAUAGACUAUGCCGGACCAUUUCUUAUUAAAGAUUCAAACAGACGGAAACCCAACAUUUCAAAAACUUAUGUCGGAUUAUAUGUAUGCAUGAGUACAAAAGCAAUUCAUGUAGAAUUAGUUACAGACUUAUCAACAAAAGCUUUCUUAGCAAGUUUUGAUCGCUUCAUUGCACGUCGGGGAAUUCCCUCACAAGUCUUUUCGGACAACGGAACAAAUUUCGUUGGCGCUUGUCGUUAUUUACGAGAAAUAUAUAAAUGGCUAAAACAAAAGGAAAUUCAAUCAACAAUUAUUGACUAUGCCACAAACAAAGGCAUCGUAUGGAAAUUUAACCCUCCAGCCUCUCCAAACUUCGGCGGUCUGUGGGAAGCUGGCGUAAAAUCGUUCAAAAAUCAUUUAAUUCGUACAUUAGAAAAACGGUAUUUAACCUUUGAAGAAUUCAAUACAUUAAUAGUCAGAAUCGAAGCAAUGCUCAAUUCACGACCUUCAUACCCACUAUCAUCGUCUCCAGACGAAUAUGAAGUGUUAACCCCAGGACAUUUUCUAAUAGGAGCCCCAUUAGUAGCCCCUCCAGAACAGGAUUUAACUGACAUUAAAAAUAACCGUUUAGAUCGGUGGCAACUAAUUAGUCAGACGUUUCAGCACAUAUGGCAAAAAUGGCGUCUCAAUUAUUUAAAUACCCUUCAACAAAGGUUGAAAUGGCAAACAAAAGAAAAGCCAGUUGCCAUAAACGACCUUGUUUUAUUAAAAGAACCAAAUGCACCGUCCUUGAACUGGCCCAAAGGUAGAAUUAUCGAAGUAUAUCCAGGGCGAGACAAUCAAGUACGAGUAGUAAAAAUAAAAACACAAAAGGGAGAGUAUACCCGACCUAUCACUCAAAUUGUGCCUCUUCUACCUCCAUGUGGAGACAAACAAAAUUAGAAUUUCAAAAAAAAAAAAAUAAAUAAUAUUUAACUAAAAUAAUUUCAAAUAAAUCAAUCAAUUAUUCAUAAAUUAUUAGAAUUUUGCUGUAUGCAAAAUUGGUGGGCGGUUUGUUAAAUCAUUACAAUAAUUUAACAGUUUUUUUUUUUUAAAUAAUAGACAAAAUCAUAUUUAAAUUUAUUUAAUACAAAAUUAAAAACAAAACAAGAGUUCUAGAACAUUCCAAAUAAACAUCACAGUGUACGAGGUGGGGAUUGCUUAGCAAGCAAUGCGCACCAAGAAACACUCAAUGAAUCAACAAGCAGCACAGUCUUUAUACAACAUUCAAAAGUGAAACAUCACAAAUACAGAAAAGCAUAACAAUACGACAGCAGUAUUAGUUACAUCCAUGCAACAACGCAUUUCAAAUACAUACAAUUUAAUACGCCAUUUUACAUGCAAUUAAUGGCGGUUAAUCAUCAUUUUCAAGAAGUUAGCAAUAUCUCCGGCAGCAUUUUGAUACAACACAUCAUCACAACGGCUUUAAACAUAUAUAAUUUAAUACGCAAUUUUACAUGCAAUUAAUGGCGGUUAAUCAUCAUUUUCAAGAAGUUAGCAAUAUCUCCGGCAGCAUUUUGAUACAACAUAUCAUCACAACAGCUUUAAACACAUAUAAUUUAAUACGCAAUUUUACAUGCAAUUAACGGCGGUUAAUCAUCAAUUUCAAGAAGUUAGCAAUAUCUACAUUAGAAAACACAUUUUCGACACCACGUGGUAAUCAUAUUCGACCAGUAACAACACGCAUUCAACAUACAAACAACACAUCUAACAACCAAUCAUUCAUCAUUCUACAAAUUCAACCCACCAUACCUCAGGUGAAUACUAGUGAAUUGAAAUUUAAUCCA